AUGUCUGGACAACCUUCAGCUGCUUCUGGUGUAUGGCCUCGAGCUACUGCUUUUCCAUCACUAGGUGGCACAGGUUCAGGACCUAUACCUCUUGGUGGUGGUCCAACAGGUUUACCAACUGUAAAUAAUCCAAAUUUACCAAUAAAUACAAGAACAAAUCUAGGAAAUCUUCCACCACCUAUUCCUCAACAACCACGUACUCCUUUUCCUUCACUUCAACAACAAGGAGGUCAACAGACAAGUCUUUUUACAAAUCAAUAUGCUACACCUAAUACUUUACAACCAUAUAAUACAGCAGCAGCAUCGAAUUUAGUAUCACAAAAUGCUCAAAAUGAAGCUUAUCAACGACGAUUAAGACAACUUGAAGGUGAAAAUGAAGAUCGAAGACAUGCGACUCAGCAUCUUACACAAAUAGGUGGACAAGUAUUACAAGGUCAAAUGGAUAUACAAGAACAAGUUUUAGAAUAUCAAUACAUGUUAGAAAAUUGUAUGGAUUAUCUUGAUCAUCAAAAUCAGGUUAUUGGUGAACAAUCAGAAGAAUUAGCAUUGAUUCGAGCUAAAAUGAAACAUUUUGAAUAUCUUAUGGAUGCAUUCAAACUUAGUAAAGAAGGUAAUAAUCUUAUGCAUAGUAUGUCUGGAGAGUCAAAGUUCGUCGAUAGUAACAGAUUAUGUUGUCGUGAACCUUUAGCAUUACCAGCUCCAUCAACUUCACCGUUUUUUGCUGGAGGUCCUACACGUGUUACUGCAUCAACAUUUCAACCAUUUAAUCCUCGAUAUCGAUCACCAACUAGUCGAGCAACGGCAGCUGCAAAUUUAAAUGGACGACGAAGUAUAACACCAUCAGUUAAUAAUAAUCAAAAUCGUACAACUGCUAAUGAACGACCUUCACGUCGUUUCAAUAAUUAA